AUGGGAAUAAAAAGCCAAUAACAUUUUUUGUCCCAAUUUCUGCUUUUCUCAUUUCCCCUCCAACGCUCCAACGGUCCAACCUUUGACUCUUUCUCUGUCUGCCGCCGAGACGGUUGUUUUCUUCUUCUUCUUCUCCUUCUUCAAAUUCAGCGUUGCCAUGGCUUUACGAAACCCCCAAAAUCCUACUCCACAUUCCUCUGGCCUUUCCCCAAUCUGAUCCAAUUUUCCGAUUCUCUUUGCCGGAAUCCAUGGCCAUGAUGAUGACGACGAUGAUCGACACGGCGUUGCUGGAUUUCCUCGUGCCGUCGUGGUGGGAGAUCAAGGUCUCCCUCACCGCGUCCGUUUUCGUGAUCCUCACCUACUGGUUUUUCGCCCUCAGACUCGGCGGUGAUGCCGACGCCGGCGAUUCGGCUGCUUCUGCUGUUGCCGGUGAUGCCAAAAACAAUACAUACGAACUGAGGGGUGAUCUUCAGACAAAUUCUGCAUAUUUAAUGAAGUUGGAAUUGUUGGCUGCUAAGAAUCUAAUUGGUGCGAACAUUAAUGGCACGUCGGAUCCAUAUGCUGUCAUUACUUGUGGUACAGAAAAGCGAUUCAGUUCAAUGGUCCCUGGUUCAAGAAAUCCCAUGUGGGGAGAGGAGUUUAAUUUUUCAGUUGAUGAACUUCCUGUCCAGAUUAAUGUGACGAUUUAUGAUUGGGAUAUAAUUUGGAAAAGCGCUGUGCUUGGCUCAGUUACUGUUUCAGUUGAAAACGAGGGUCAAACAGGAGCAGUAUGGUAUACCCUGGAUAGUCCAUCUGGGCAGGUUUGUCUUCACAUUAAAACACUCAAACUGCCCGUAAAUUCUUCCAGGGUUAUGAAUGGCUAUAGUGGAGCUAAGCCUAGGAUUCCCUUGCCAGGGCCCACAGUGGUUCAUCAAAAGCCAGGGCCCCUUCAAACAAUAUUUGAUCUCCCUCCAUAUGAAGUUGUUGAUCAUAGUUAUUCUUGUGCACUGGAGAGAUCUUUCUUGUAUCACGGUCGUAUGUAUGUGUCUUCAUGGCACAUUUGUUUCCAUUCGAAUGUGUUCUCUAAGCAAAUGAAGGUGGUUAUACCAGUUGAAGAUAUUCAUGAGAUUAGGAGGAGUCAGCAUGCAUUCAUCAAUCCUGCUGUAACAAUCAUUUUGCGGAUGGGUGCUGGUGGGCAUGGUGUACCUCCUCUAGGAAGUCCUGAUGGUAGAGUCAGAUAUAAAUUUGCAUCAUUUUGGAACAGGAAUCAUGCAUUAAGAGCUUUACUGCGUGCAGUAAAGAGUUUCCAUGCAAGGCUAGAGGCUGAGAAGAAGGAGAGUGUAGAGUCAGCAUUGCGUGCACAUAGCAGUUCUAUCAGAGGGAGUAGAAGUGAAACUGAUAUUCCCGAAGAUAUUGUUCCAAAAACUGGCAAACUUCAAGCUUUUAUUAAAGAUGAAGCAUUGACUAAUAUAUAUAAUGAUGUUUUCCCUUGCACAGCUGAGAACUUCUUUAACUUAUUGUUGAGCGAUAAUUCAACUUUUACAAAUGAAUAUCGCUCAGCUCGAAAAGACACUAAUCUCACUAUGGGCCAGUGGCAUCCUGCAGAUGAAUACGAUGGCCAAGUCAGAGAAAUAAAAUUUAGAUCCCUUUGUACAAGUCCCAUGUGCCCCCCAGACACAGCCAUGACAGAGUAUCAGCAUGCUGUUUUAUCAAGUGACAAGAAAAAGCUGGUAUUUGAAACUGUGCAACAGGCGCAUGAUGUUCCAUUUGGGUCCUAUUUUGAGAUACACUGUAGGUGGAAUUUGGAGACCAAUGCUGAAAACUCAUGUACUUUGGAUAUAAAAGUGGGGGCACAUUUUAAAAAAUGGUGUGUGAUGCAAUCCAAGAUAAAGGCAGGUGCCGUAAACGAGUACAAGAAAGAGGUGGAACUCAUGUUGGCGACGGCCCGUACAUACAUCAAGUCAAAUACUUGUGGCGUUGAGACUGACAAGGGCUCUUUCACCCCCUCUGUAACGCAACAAGAUAGGAGCUAAUCUGUGAUUAAUUCAAUAAGGACAGAUUGGUCUUGUGUUUUUGUAACUAAAUUAUAUGUUUAUAGUAUUAAAUUGUACAUUUGUGCCAAGAAGGUUAACUUUCGCGGCAGCAAUAGGUAUUAUCUUUCUUAAUUAAUUUGUUAAUUUCGCCCUGUCUCUGUUGUCUGUUGUAGGAGAACUAGUGGCUUUUUUAUUUUUUAUGCAAUGAUGGGAAUCAUAGUUUGUUUUAGCAUACUCUAUUACAAACAAACUCCUUUUAACAUUACCGUACAAGUGUUUCAUUAAGGCACAAAAGAAUAAAAGAAAGAA